AUGAAGGCUCUUUCAUACUUUAGCUAUGCCCUUCUGGCCUGCGUUCCUCUGAGCGACGCUCACCCCAGCAUGGAUGAAACCAUGGCAGAUAUGCGCUACCUAGCCGCUCGCGAGAAGCGCCAGGCUUCCAAAGAACUCAUUGGCGAUCUUAAAACCCUCGCUGACUCUAAGCUUACUGCUAUCGGCAAGGAUAUCAAGGCGAUUAUCCUGGAUCAAAUGGCCGCCGAGUCCGCUACGAUGGACAGCUCGAUUCCUGUGGGAAACAUUGGAAGUGCAGCCUGCAAGGCUGACCUAUGCUGCCAUUGGAAGUGGCUCGCGUAUGAAAUGACAGCCAAGUUCAACGGUACUUCUGGUCGUUGCAGCAAGUUUGCUCGUCAGGCUGUGCGUCUAGGCUUUCACGAUGCAGCUGUCUGGUCCAAGAGCACCAGCUAUGGUGGCGCAGACGGCAGCAUCCUUCUUAGCGACGAAAUGACGCGAGCCGACAACAAUGGUCUUUCCGCCAUUGCCGACCAGACCAAAAAAUGGUACACCAAAUACAAUCCGUAUGGCAUGAGUAUGGCGGACAUUAUCCAAUUCGGUGCCAACGUAGCGACUGUCGUGUGCCCGCUCGGCCCACGCCUCCGCACCUUUGUUGGCCGCAAAGACAACAGCAAAGCGGGACCUACUGGGCUUCUCCCUGGAGAAAAGGACUCUGCGGAUACGCUUAUCAAGCUGUUCCAAGACAAAACCAUUGACGCGCAUGACCUUGUGGCCCUUGUAGGCGCACACACAACGUCACAACAGCACUUUGUCGACACUACUCGUGAUGGCGACCCGCAAGACUCAACGCCCGGUAUAUGGGACAUGGCGUUCUACCCGCAGGUCACGAACAACGCCCCUCCACGUGUGCUCAAGUUCCAGAGCGACAUCAACUUGAGCAAGGAUUCGAGGACGAGCGGGUCGUGGGCACAGUUCAGCGAUAGGGCCACUGCACAGGGACGAUGGAAUGCGGACUAUGCUAAAGCUUACACUCGGCUCUCGUUGCUCGGCGUCAACAAUAUCAAUGACCUCAAGGAAUGCACAAAGGUUCUACCUGCUGAACGCAAGACAUUCGUUAGCGAAGACCAAGUCUUGCUCGAUAGGUGGCUUCAGGGCGAAUUCGACCAGCUGAAUAAUCUCGUCGACGAUGCGAUCCAGCUCACGAAUGUGAUAUCAACGAGAGAGGAAAAGUAA